CCCUUGUACUACAUCAUUCAAAUCAUCAUCUCUGAUUCAUUACCUCCGUUUGAGUUUAAUCAACUUUAUACGCAAGACAUUCGCUUAAGAAAACCUUAACAGCGAAGCCGACAAUUUUAACUUUUUGAACAAAAUGCUUUUCCUCAACUUCAUCAUUUCUACUCUUCUUUCUCUUGGCGUUAUGGCCGCCCCCGUGGCCAAGCCCAAUUUCAACUCUGGUGAAAAAUUUGGUGUUCUCACCGUGCGUUCUGGUGAUGCCAACGUGCAUCAACGCAACUUUUUCGUUGGCGAUUCUGGCAAGAUCUUCCUUGGUCCUUAUGACGGUGCUAAGGAGGCUUCUACCUUCUUUAUUAAGGACAAGAAGCUUUACUUUGACAACCAGGUUGCUUCCCGCGAUGACAAGGGUACCGUUGUCUUUACCAACGACACGAACAAGGCUGCUGAAGGUUUCACUGCCGAGGUGCCCACGAGUUUGGGUUACUACUUGCAAUUCGAUGGCAAGUCUCCUUACGCUUGUCCUUAUGAAACCGCUUACGAAAUUGUCUAUGCCGACAAGGCCGACAAUGGUUGUGUCGGUGUGAAUGCUAUUGCUCUUAAGCCUUUCACUCCUGCCAACAGCACCAAUACUAGCACCAGCAUCGUUAACCCCACAUCGACUGUGGCUCCUACCGCUACCAUUAGUGAUGAUGUGUCUUCUGUCGUCGGUGUUCGCGACAUAACUUCUACUACUCUUGAUCAGUCUGUUAUCGUCACCUCAAUUCCCACUCCUACUAGCGGCCGUUUGCUUCCCAACAAGAUUCGCGUUUACAAGUCUUCUACUCCCAACAAGCAAGGCGAGUCUUGCUAUUCCCCUGAAGUCUCCCUCAUCGGAGAUGAGCAUGUCAAUACUAUUUUCACUUUCAAUGUUGGAAAGGUUAGCGGAAAGUGCUACGUGUCCUUCCAUCUUGAUACCCGUGCGCGCAACCUCGCUAUUUCAGGCGAUAAUGGUGUUGGCAACUUCAUGCUUUACAAUUUGAACGGUAACCCAACCGACGGAACAACUUAUGCUAACACUCCUGCUCGUCUCAGACAGGUUUCUCGUGUUGAUUGUAACUCUGAGGGCUGUGACAGCUUGGUUCCCGUGACUUGCCCUUCUUCUAACUCGGUGGUUUCCUACGAAAUGACCGCCUACGUGCGCAACUCCCACCUUUCCUUCUUUGAGUCCGUUCUCCCUACUGAGGGUCUUUCCUUGUUUAUUUAAGCAACAUUUGACAGCAACUGAUAACCGGUCUUUUGCAUCGCAUAUUCGCAUAUUUUUUCAUAGCUUGCAUUUUCAUAUCAUCAUGUAAUUAUCAAUGAGAUUUUUCUGAUUCUUGUGAUUAAACAGAUGGUAGAGAAAGUUUCCAGGCGUUUAAUGAU